AUAAUAACAUAUAACAUAAGGAAAUAUAAUGGUGCAACCGUGCUAGCUCAGCACCACAGAUCAUCGACAAUUCCUUUGACCAAUCAUAUGUCAAUAACUACAUAGGUAGCGCGAUAAUACAUAGAGAAUAUUGUAUGUUGUUAAAAGAAAUUAGUGUUCAUUUUUAUUUUAUUUUAGCUUAGUAAUUUCGUGUUAAUCGUAAUUACAAACUAUAAAACUCUGUGCUUCUGCACCUUAAUUUUGUGUUUAAUAAUAAUGAUGAUACUUUUUUGUUUUAGAUAAGGGGAACCAUUUCUUCCACACAUGUGCGACUACUGACGAUCACAUGUGUAUAUGGUGAUGUAGGGUCCUAGAUAAGGAAACAAAACGGCACAAACCAUUGACUUGGGGAAAUAAUGCAAAGAGAGAAAUACCUCACAUAAGUCUGUCGACGGAUGAAAUUGUGUUCACAUUAAAUCUAGAAAAAAAAAUUUACUAGUUACCACAAAAAUGUGGUUCUUCUUAUCCUCUUGUGUGUCAAAUUUGAUCUAAAAAUUCGCUAAAUUCUAGGGAUGAUAAUGGGUCGGGUCGGGGACGGAUAGUGCAUAUUCGUUAUCCUACCCAAAGUAGUUCGGGUUUUACCCAUACCCAUACCCACAUAUGAAACGGGUAGAAAAUUAAAACCAUGUCCAUACCGGUUCGGAUUUCGGGUAUCCAAGGUUAUCCAUGGGUAAUGAUUUAUCUUCAUAAAUCCAACUAAUAUAUUAACAUUCACAUGUAUUCUCACAUUACGCAAGAGGAAAAGUACGACAAUAAUUCACUAGAAUGAAGAAAAUUAAUUAAAACAACACAACUUCAUGAAAAUGUUAUAUUUAUAUGCUAAAUAUAAAAUAUGUUAGAGAAAAAUAAUGACUAUUUCUAGACAAAAUACAUAUGUAUGUGUAUAAUCGGGCGGGUUCGGGUUGGAUACUGAGAAACCAAUGCCCACCCAUUACCCGCAAUAUUCGGGUUCGGGUUUUACCCGUACCCACUAAAUGUCCUUCGGGUUCGAGUUUUACCCUACCCAAUUAUGCCGGGUUCGGACGGAUAUCCACGGUUACGGAUAUUUUUGCCAUCUCGACUAAAUUCCAACACUUUGGCACUUUGAUCUUACUAAUAGAGACCAUACUUUUUUGAGAAUCUGAAACCUUGAUUGUAUGGUUGGAGAUGGUCUCAAUAGACGGUUUCUUUCCAUCCAAAAAUUCCAAAGUCAAACACUCUUUUUUUUUUUUUUUUUGUUGACUUGCGUGUGGGACAUUUGGUGAAGUCUCACGCGUAGCAUUUGCCAAAUUGUGCACCAUUCAUAGAGAAAAAAGCAAUGUUCUUCUGCUUAUCUGAGUGAGCAUGAACCACAUCGGUGGUUUCUCCAUUUCCUUGAUUAUCAUGGAGCUCCAAGCCAUUUUUGUGCUUCUUCUACUCGUCCUCUUGCUUCCCUCUUCUUGUUCUUCAUCCACAGACACCAUCAGGUUCAACGAAUCUCUUGCAGAUGGCCAAGUUCUCAUUUCCAGAGUAGAAAAAUACACUCUGGGUUUCUUCAGCCCUGGGAAAUCAACUAACCGCUACCUUGGAAUCUGGUUCACCAAAGUUCCCACACAUGUCGUCGUCUGGGUCGCCAACCGAGACGAUCCGAUCAACGAUACUUCCGGUUCGCUCUCCAUCGACCCCCGAGGAGGCGGCUUGGUUUUGAGCAGGGGAAGACAGAGUCCCACCACCACUACUACUACUGCUUCCAUUUCGUGGUCUACAAAUGUCUCGACCGGAGCGAAUCCGGUGGUGGCUCGACUGUCGGACGAAGGAAAUUUCCUUCUGCUCCGACAGGAGGGCGAUCAAGAGGCAGUUCUAUGGCAGAGCUUCGCUAAUCCGACAGACUCGUACUUACCCUACACGGUACGAAAAACAGGACCGGACUACGCGAUCCGGUCCUGGAAGUCCCCUGAAGACCCUGCGACAGGGGAGUGGUCCUAUUUCCUGGACCCGAGCGGGUCGCCUCAAUUGACAGUGUACAAAGGUCGAACCAAGCAGUGGAGGAGCGGGCCGUGGAACGGAAUCGGCUGGUCCGGGAUCCCGGAUCUGGCUCGAGUCUCCGUCUUCUUCUUCACCGUGGAGAUCGACAAGAACGACACGACCAUCAUUUGGGGACUUCGGGACCCCGCCAUGAUAUCCAGGGUCUACCUGGAUCCGGCAGGGACCUUGAGCCGCGGGGUGUGGCUGGACAAGGAAGGGCGCUGGGACGAGGUUUUUCGAUAUCCGACCGAGUUCUGUGACGUUUUCGGGAACUGCGGGCCGAACGGGCUCUGCGACCCUUACAGAGCUGUGGGGGAGUUCCCCUGCAUCUGCCUUCCGGGGUUCGAGUCGAGGUCGCCGAUCGAUUGGUCCUUGAGAAACGCCCUGGGAGGGUGCGUCAGGAAGCGAGCGAGGAAUUUGAGUUGUGGAGGUGAUGGUGGUGGUGGUGACGGGUUUGUGAAAUUGAAAAAUGCUAAAGUUCCUGAUACGACGACGGCUGUGCGGAUUGGGGAUGUGGAUUUGAGCGGGUGUGCAGGGGAGUGUUUGAGGAACUGUUCCUGUACGGCUUACGCGAGUUCUAAUUUGACGAGUGGGAUUGGGUGCAUUCUGUUGUUCGGGGAUUUGGUUGAUACGAGACUGAUUAAGGGUGCUGGACAGGACUUGUACGUGCUAGCCGACGCAAUUGAAUUGGCUGAAUACAGGAAACAGUCGAGAGGAGACGCGGAAAAGAAGAAGGUUUUGGCGAUCGUGUUGGCUUUUGUUGGUGCAGCCAUCAUGUUGGGGGUUUCGGCAGUGUAUUGUCGCCUCCGGAAACGGAAAAGAAAAGGAAGUAGUGGAGGUACCAAUGAUGUGUUUUCGAGAAGAAAGUCCGAAUCUCAAGAGGAAAAUUUAUACGAAGAUAAAGAUUCAUCGGUGCCAAUUUUUGACGUACUUGACAUAUUUGCUGCCACCGGGGAUUUUUCUGAGGCCAACAAACUCGGACAAGGGGGAUUCGGUUCGGUUUAUAAGGGUACACUAUCUAGUGGGCAAGAAAUAGCUGUGAAAAGAUUAUCCCAAACAUCAAGGCAAGGAAUUCGAGAAUUCAAGAACGAAGUACGACUAGUGUCCAAACUUCAACAUAAGAAUCUAGCAAGGAUAUUUGGCUGUUGCAUUCAUGGAGAGGACAAGAUGUUGGUCUAUGAGUACUUGCCAAACAGAAGCCUUGACUUCUUCAUCUUUGAUAAAACGAAAGGCUUGCUAUUGGGCUGGAUGAGACGAUUUGAAAUCAUCAUAGGGGUUGCUCGAGGUUUAUUAUAUUUGCAUCAAGAUUCAAGGCUGAAAAUCAUUCACAGAGACCUAAAGGCAAGCAAUGUUCUGCUAGAUGCUACAAUGAACCCCAAAAUUUCAGAUUUUGGGUUGGCUAGGUUAUUUGGAGAGGAUCAAAUAGAGGCCAAUACAGAUAGAGUUGUCGGAACCUAUGGGUACAUGUCUCCAGAGUACGCAAUGGAAGGUCUUUAUUCGACAAAAUCAGAUGUUUUUAGUUUUGGAGUCUUGACACUUGAGAUUGUGAGCAGCACGAGGAGCAACCAGUGUUACCAAGCAAGUUCAUCAUCUAGCUUGAUUGGUCAUGUGUGGGACUUGUGGAGUGAAGAAAAAGCAUUGGACAUGGUGGAUUCAUCAACAAUGGGGGAAUCAUUUUCCACGGAUCAAGUCAUGAGGUGCAUUCAAAUAGGACUCUUGUGCGUCCAAGAAUUCCCUACAGAUCGACCAGCUAUGUCAGAUGUUGUUUUCAUGUUGGGAAAUGCAACCACUCUUCCAUCUCCCAAGAAGCCAGCAUUCGUACUCAACAAAAGGUACGAUGAUGCAGAUCCAACAACGAGCACGGCCACGGGAUCAUCAGGAGUUCCUUCAAUUAAUCGCGCAUCAAUAACCACUUUGGUAGCUCGAUGAUAUAUAGACGAGAACCAUAUAUUGUAAGAGAAGAAAAUGGUGUUUCAUUUUUCAUAAUUUUUUGUGUAAUUACUAAUACUAAACAACUCUGUGUUUCUGGAUCUUUAACUCUGCUUUGUUCAGCGUAGAGGUACAAAUGUACAAUCAAACUAUGGGAAGAGGAAAACUAUAAUUGGUGCCAAAUGAGCUAACGCACAUUGGGCCAACAAUAGAUUAAAGGCCGAAGCCCAUUAGGCAUGUGUUUGAGGAGGCCUGGUAUUAAUGAUCAGAUUGUUGGAUUUGGGAACGCGUUAGGGUAGUUACUAGUUUUUUAAUAACCAUGGUGGCAACAUACAUCUAAACCCUUUAUUGACUCUAUUUUUCUAUUUUUUGAAAUAACGGUCAAGAUUAGAUUAAGGGUAGUUUGGACUUUAAAAUAUUAUCACACCAGAUUAUAACCUAUAUUUAAAACUUACCUCUCCAACCCUACCUCCACUCUCUCUAUCCUCCCACGCAGCUCCAGCCAGCCGUCUGGCCUCAACCCUCCUGCCCUCCCCUCCCCGCCGGCCGUCACUCACCCUCCCUCUCCCCUAUCACCGCCUCCACUCACCCCUCCCUGCCCAAAACCUCCACCCCUCCCUUCCCUUCCUCCCUUCUCCACCGGCCACCCCACUCCACCUCUCCAUCCCAUUCCCCAUUCCCCAUCUCCUUCCCUCCACACCCACCACAACCUGUCUUUCUCCCCUCACCCCAACCCCCUUCUCUCUCCCCCCCCCCCCCCCCCUUCUUUCUCUCUCCCCCCUCUCUCUCUUAGACGAUUAUGGUGGACGGUAGUGGCUGAAAAAGGGGAUGAAUAAAAAUGUUAGAUCUGUUUUUCCCGCAUUGGUAGUGAUUUCUUCGUAGUGGUAGUGUUUUUCGUAUUGGUAUUGUUUUACUGCAUUGGUAGUAAUUUGCAUGUACUGGUAUUGAUUAAAUCUGCAAUGGUAUUGAUUUUUUGUGAAAUGGUAUAGAUUUAUAUUGGUAGAUUUUUAUAUUGGUAGUUUUCGUGUAAUGGUAUAGAUUUAUUUCUGCAAUGGUAUUGAUAUUUUUCAACAUGAUAGUGGUUGUCUAAUGGAUUGGUAGUGAUUUCGUGUUUUUUUUUUUUUUUUGCAGAAAGAUUGAGAAAAAUAAGGAAAGAUGAUCUGGCUGGAUAUUAUGGAAGUGAGAGAAAGAGAGAGAAUUGUAAUUAAUAGAUUCUUGUAACUACCUAAACUGUAAUUUAUUAAAAAAUCAAUUAAUACAAUUUAUUUUUUAUACCCAAUUUACCCUUAGUAACCACGGUGAUUACUACUUUGUAGUAAUCACCUAACCGGUCCCUUGGAUUUGUUUCUCGAUUCAACGUCGUAAAGUUGAUAGGAAAAGAUUUUGAGGUAGUAUAGAUGGAUCAAUUUAUAAAUGAGUCAAUUUGAUCAAUAGUUUUGUUUUAUAAACGAGGCAAUUAAAACGAGGCAAUUCGAAUUACCUGCCCCACCCUAAGGUAAUUGAAAUUGACUCAAAAUGGAUCAAUUCAAAAUACCUCAGGCAGAUUGAUCCAUCCAAUUUUUUUGCUGGCAAACGAGGCAAUUUGGUACAAUUGUCUCAAAACGAGGCAAUUGUGUCAAAUUGAUCUUUUGCAAUUCCUCAUCCAAACGACCUUUAGGAAGGUCCUACGUUACGCCAAGAUUGAUCACUUCAUAAACCUUUGUUCAAAAUUGGGACAAAGUACCUAUGUUGUACUUAGUGUCUCCACUUCUGUAAUAAAAUUGUCUGUAUAAC